AUGGCCAUCUUCAAGACGACGCACGUAGGUCCCACCGCCAUCAAUCCACGAUCGAGCGGUCAAACAGAGCAGAAUCCCUCUGACCCUGUGGAUGUCGACGUCGACGUCGAGAAGGACAUCGCCGCGACGCAAAAUGAAUCGGCCAAUGGUAAUGUGCUGGCGCCGGCUGACCCAGACCUAGAAAAGAGAGUGGUUCGUAAACUUGAUUACCAUGUAACUCCCCUGGUGACAUUCUUGUUUCUUCUCUCUUUCUUAGACCGGUCAAACAUUGGCAAUGCCCGCAUCGCUGGCAUGGAAAAAGACUUGGAUCUGAGCAGCGACAGAUACGAUUGGUUGUUGACCAUAUUUUAUAUCUCGUAUAUCCUGUUUCAAUUCCAGGGCUUCAUGUGGAAGAUCCUGAAACCUCACACGUGGGCUUGCUUGAUUACCCUUGCAUGGGGCAUCAUUGCAACUUGUCAAGCUGCCACGCAAUCAUGGCAAGGAGAAAUGGCCUUGCGCUUUUUGCUGGGAGCUGCCGAGGCUGGCUUUGGCCCUAGCAUCCCUUACCUGCUGUCCUUCUUCUAUCUGAGACACGAACACGGCUUUCGAAGCGGCAUCUUCCUUGCUGCAGCUCCUCUUGCCAACACGUUUGCUGGGGCCCUGGCGUACGGUAUCACGAGCGGCCACUCCAAGCUGGCUAACUGGAGGCUUCUUUUCCUCGUUGAGGGCAUCCCCACCAUUUUGGCCGCCCCGUUGGCCUGGUUCUUUUUGCCGGACAGUCCGACCAGCGCCAAGUUCCUGACCGAGGAGGAGAAAGAGGUGGCUCGAGCCAGAGUCAUCAGGCAACACGGUCAUCAGCAGACGGGAGAACACCGAGUCAGCUUGAAGGAGAUUGGGUUGACUCUCCUCGACCCCAAAGCGUGGUUGACGGCUCUGAUGUAUUUCUCCUGCAACGUCUCUUACUCGUCUCUGCCGGUGUUUCUACCCACGAUUCUCAACCAGAUGGGGUUCUCAUCGAUCAACGCUCAAGGGCUGUCAGCGCCCCCAUACUUUGUCUCGACCAUUGUGACGUUUUCCACCUGCUGGAUUGCGGACCGCACACAACAGCGUGGCCUGAUGAUUGCGUUCUUGAGCUGUGUCGCCGGGAUUGGCUACAUACUUCUCGCCACCUGCACGGCCGUCGCUCCCAGGUACUUUGGCACCUUUCUAUCCGCAUCCGGAGUGUUCCCGGCGAUCGCAAACAUCUUGCCGUGGGUGGUUAACAACCAAGGAAGCGAUAGCCGCCGAGGCAUGGGCAUCGUGUUGCUCAAUGUGGUUGGGCAAUGCGGCCCGCUGCUGGGCACGAGGAUCUUUCCCAAAAGCCAGGCUCCUCGAUAUGUCGAAGGACAAAGCAUCUGCGCCGCCUUCAUGUUUUUCAACGCCUUUCUUGCCUUGAGUCUGAGGACGCUUCUGGUGUGGGAGAACCACAGGCUCGACCGGAAGUAUGGGCGGGUGGCUGAGGGUCAGGCCCAACACGCUCGAGACGGCCAGGGGGGAGUGGACGCGAAUGUCGGGGAGGAAAACUACGGCGCGGCAUUUCGAUAUAUUCUCUAG